AUGAUUGGCGUGCAGAGUCUCGUCACCUGCACAGCGCACACAUCACCCCCAUUCUCCCGCUUUCCAUCACCCCACCCCAUUCUCCCGCUUUCCAUCACCCCGCCCUAUUCUCCCGCUUUCCAUCACCCCGCCCCAUUCUCCCGCUUUCCAUCACCCCGCCCCAUUCUCCUGCUUUCCAUCACCCCGCCCCAUUCUCCCGCUUUCCAUCACCCCACCCCAUACUCCCGCUUUCCAUCACCCCGACCCAUUCUCCCUCCUUUCAUCACCCCGCCCCAUUCUCCCUCUUUCCAUCACCCCACCCUAUUCUCCCUCUUUCCAUCACCCCGCCCCAUUCUCCCGCUUUCCAUCACCCCGCCCCAUUUUCCCGCUUUCCAUCACCCCGCCCCAUUAACCCUCUUUCCAUCACCCCGCCCCAUUCUCCCUCUUUCAAUCACCGUGCCCCAUUUUUCCGCUUUUCAUCACCCCGCCCCAUUCUCCCUCUUUCCAUCACCCCGCCCCAUUCUUCCGCUUUUCAUCACCCCGCCCCAUUCUCCCUCUUUCCAUCACCCCGCCCCAUUCCCCCUCUUUCCAUCAGCCCGCCCCAUUCUCCCGCUUUCCACCACCCUGCCCCAUUCUCCCGCUUUCCAUCACCCUGCCCCAUUCUCCCGCUUUCCAUCACCCUGCCCCAUUCUCCCGCUUUACAUCACCCCGCCAUAUUCUUACUCUUUCCAUCACCCCGCCCCAUUCUCCCGCUUUCCAUCACCCCGCCCCAUUCUCCUCCUUUCCAUCACCCCGCCCCAUUCUCCCGCUUUCCAUCACAUCGGCCCAUUCUCCCUCUUUCCAUCACCCCGCCCCAUUUUCGCUCUUUCCAUCACCCCGUCCCAUU